AUGAUCAGCAAUGACUCGCUGAGGGCGAUACACGUCUCUUUGUACCGGCUGAAGAAUCUGGAAGGCAAGAACGACGAGAUAUUCGCUGAGCUUCGCAACCAAAUGGAACAUGUGCAGUACAUUACCAAUGGACAUUUGAGUCACCUAAGGUUCGAUAACCACUCCAGAUCGAACAACGACCUUGAUUCAAAAAAUAGCCUCCCUGGCAAUCCUCAUCGAAACUCGUCCUCAUUGUCCAACACCCGGAGUGACCAGAUGAGCAACGUCAGCGAUUUGACCGUUCCAAGCAUCUUCCUGCACUUUGCCCGCUUGCUGGAAGAUCCAGACUUGCUGCAACCGGCCGUCCUGAUGUCUCGCAACCGGCGCUGUCGGCUGGUCAUCGGCGUGCCAACGGUCAAACGAGCAAAGAGGUCGUACCUGGUCACGACAUUACGCUCGCUGAUCGACAACCUGCAGGACGACGAGAAGGAACAAGUGGUCAUUGUCGUUCUCAUCGCUGAGCCCGGUGUCACCAAGUUUGUCCUUCAGAUGAUGAAGAUCUUGAGGAAAGAGUUCGACGAUCCCAUCGCCAAGGGUAUGCUUGAAGUGUUGGUGCCUCCAAAAAGCUACUAUCCGAAUCUAGACGAAAUCCCGACGACGUUCAACGACAACAUGAAGCGCAUGCGGUGGAGGACCAAGCAGAAUCUGGACUAUAUUUAUCUGAUGAUGUACUGUCAGAAACGGGCCUCGUUCUACUUGCAGCUGGAGGACGACGUUGUGACGAGGAACUUCUAUUUUUCGAGAAUCUUUGAGUUCGUCCAGGCGAACGAGCAGACGCCGUGGUUCAUGUUGCAGUUCUCUUCGUUGGGCUUUAUCGGCAGGUUCUUUCGAGCCACUUCGCUACCGAAAUUGAUUGAAUUUCUCAUUCUCUUUUAUCGAGAGAAGCCAUGUGAUUGGUUAUUGGAUCAUUUCAUGUACGUGCUCUACUGUAACCCGGAGAAAUCGGCGAAACAGUGUGAGACCGUAAAGAAAAGACAUGGCUUGGUGCACAAGCCGAGUCUCUUCCAGCACAUCGGCACCUACAGUUCAUUAAAGGGCAAAACCCAGUUCCUGAAAGACCGUGAUUUCGUUGGCAUGCAAGAUUAUGUUUCUCAUACAAACCCUGCAGCAAACGUGAGCACAUCGUUGACCGGCCAUGGAUCGCACACGUUGUCAAAGGCGUACGACGGCAAGUCGUUCUUUUGGGCCUUACCUCCGCAAGCUAAUGACUGGAUCCGCUUUGAGUUGACUCCUCCAGUUCAAAUUCGUCGCCUCGAGUUUCGGUCGGGUAACCCGGAAUACCAAAGGGAUUUGUUUCACGAUGCUACCGUCGAGAUUGCGGAAGCUGGAGGUGUAGAAGCCGUCACUCAGGAAAAUUUUACAACUUUAGGUUGGUUUUCAACAUCAGGCUCAUUCUACGCCGCCGUGAACUCGCCCUCAUUGAUCCGCACCGUUCGCAUCGUGUUCCACAGCAAUUCCAGCAGUUGGCUGUUGCUGUCGGAGGUGUGGAUUGUUACCUUCGGCUCUUGA